GCCAUGGUUGAAGCAGACAGUGUGUGUGUGUGUGUGUGUGUGUGUGUGUGUGGGGUGAAUCUGUUGGGAUUAGCCUCCACAGUCAACAUACUGACCGCACAUAACACAUAUGCUCACCGAUGGCCACAGGCUGCAAACACCAGGACACCAACAGAUCAACUGUUUAGUUAGUAGCCUUGAGUGACACACACAUCAGGGACCCUUCAUCCACUCACUAUGGCAUCCCUGGAGGAAGAGCUGACCUGCUCUAUGUGCCGAGACUUUUUCAGCCAAGCCCACCCCCUGCCCUGUGGUCACAGCUUCUGCUCCGCCUGCAUCCGCGAGGCCUGGGGCAGCCAGGUUGAGGGCAAAAGUCGCUUUACCUGCCCCCAAUGUCAGGAGGAGCAUGGUGAAGUGCUGUGUGACUGCUGCCCUCCCGAGGCAGCAGAAGGACAGCCAUCGUUGGCUAUCAAGACCUGCCUGAGGUGUGAAGUGUCGCUGUGUGCCGAACACCUCCAACCCCAUCUGGAGAGACCGGCGUUUAGCACCCACCUGUUGGUGGAUCCGCUGGGGGACCUCUCCCAGCGAAGGUGCCCAACACACACAGAGAUAUUGCGCUACUACUGUGCCGAUGAGAGGGUGUACGUGUGUGGUGACUGUCUGCUGGAGGGAGGCCAUGCUCAGCACAAAGUGAAGGCGCUGAGAAAGGUGGAAGAGGAUCUGAAGGUCAUUCUCCAGACCCUGUUCAGAAAAGCAGAGGAGAAGCUGAAAGAUGGAGAGCGAAUCCUCAGAGAACAUGAGAAUAUUGAUUCCACCAUGGCGGACUCUCUGAAGCAGGAUGACAUCCAGGUGGAGCGGCUGGGCUCAGACCUGCAGGUCCAGGUGAAGAAGCUGGUGGUCGCUUUGAGGGAGAUAACCAAGAGGGAGAGACAGCAGGUCAUAGAGCGUAUGCAUGAAGACUGCUCCAAGGUGAGAGACGACAUGAGCCAGACACUAAGCAUCCAGCACUACCUGGCCUCGCUGCUGGCAGAGAAGGACCCCUUCCUGCUCAUCUGGGUUACUAGCAGACCUGAACAGCCCACUUUUCAUCCCCGAUGCCGUCAGUCUAGACAGGAAACACAUCUUGGAGGACAUAGAGAGCAAGUAUAGAGAGUUCAUCACUGCCACCCUCCGCUGCCUCAGUGGACUCAAGAGGGAACUCUUAAGCAGUCCCUUGACUCUGGACACUAACACGGCCCAUCCUCUGUUGAGCAUCUCUGAUGACCUUCGCUCAGUGACACGGGUUAAAAGCCGCUUACCCUGCUCUGCUCACCCAGAGCGUUUCGACCACUGGCCGC